AUGCUGCGCUCAGCUGUACAGACACCUGCAGCAGCAGCAGCAGCAGCAGCAGCAGCAGCUGUUGCUGCUGCUGCUGUUGGCCCAGCGGGACCGACUGCAGCAGCAGCAGCAGCAGCAGCAGCAACAGCAGCAGCAGCAGCAAAGCUGCAGCAGCAGCACCUUGCACUGACGCUGCAGCAAAGACAUUUCGGUAUAUUCAGUGGCUGGGGGGGGCAGCCAGCAGCAGCAGCAGCAGCAGCAGCAGCAGCAAAAGAAACAGCAGCAGCAGCAAAAGAUAAAGUAGCAGCAGCAACUAAAGACACAAAAGACACACUUAAAUCAGCAGCAGGAAAUAUUGCUGCUGCUGGAGCGAAACCCAGCAGCAGCAGCAGCAGCAGCAGCAGCAGCAGCAGCAACAGCAGCAGCAGCAGCAGGGGUUUCUUUUCUCUCUUUAGAAGGAAAGAAGCAGCAGAGCCAGCAGCAGCACAACCAGCAGCAGCACGGCCACCACCAGCAGCAGCAGCAGCAGCAGCACCAAAACCAGAAGCAGCAACGCAUGCACCAGCGAAGGCUCCCCAAUCAAAAAACAGCAGCAGCAACAGCAGCAGCAGCAGCAGCAGCAGCAGCAGCAGCAGCAGCAAGAAACGAAGGGUCCCCGUGCUGCAGCGGCUGAAAUAUUUCUCUUUUGGUUUUUUUGUUGCUGGGUCGUUGACGCUGCUGCUGCAGCAGCAGCAGGUUGAAGACAGCAGCAAAGCAGCAAUGCAUGCAGCAGCAGAUGUAGCCUCACGGCUAGCCGGCAUAGAAAAAAAAAUUAACUUGCUGCAGCAGCAGCAGCAGCAGCAAACGAAACAAUAA